AUGCAGUCUCCGAGCAGUGAUGUUGUUAAAGUAGCCAUCCAAUCCAACAACAACGCGAUUUUAUUUAAGUUGGCCCAAGAUCAACCUUUGGAAAUAGUGAUCCAAGAAGUUUGUGAACAGAGUCAAGUGACUUUUGAGAAAAACAAGUUUGCCCUUCAACUCUUGUCUCAAGUAAGUGACAAUGACUCGUUUACUUACAUAACCGAGUUUAAUCGCUACAUGAUCAAGAACGGACACGAGCUUAAGAGGGUGGUAAAGAGUGAUUCAUUCUUGCCCGAUGUAGUUCCUUACCUGAAAUCAAACACUUUUGAGAAAACAGUAAAGAAAGAACUUGACGCAAACUUUUUCCCCUUGAAGACUGCAAACAGCAACGUUUCCUUAACAAAAGCAGAUUAUCAAGAUGAAGACAAUUACAGUUUAACGCCUUCUAUGUCCAGCAGUGUGUUGUACGCUUCCGAUGAUGACGAAGAAGUUGAUGACACAGUUUUUGUGCCUGAGGUUCUUCGAAUUGGAUAUAUUCCGGAGAGGGACGAAACUGCUUACUGUCCACUCGUUUUUCUAACUGCAUCUCCUUUCUUGGAGGAGCUCUUUUCAAAAACUGUUAACCUCAUGCAUAAAACCAAAAGGGAAAUGAAGGCGAAAAACGCAUCUGAUUUGGAAAAGGUAUUUCAAGUUCUUCAAAGGCAACUCUUGAAAGCGCUGGAGACCCAACCUGUCACCUUCGAUCAGUUAGAUUCUGUUUUGUCAACGCUGUCUUAUUGGGCAGUGAGGAAUCAGUGGCAAGAAGAGCAGGUUGAGAAAGAACGCAACACUCUAGCAAACUCUCCCGCAGUGAGGCAGCUGAAGGCAUCACUGGUGGGCGAGACUAAGGAAAUCAUCAAGAAACAAAGGUUACAGUUUGUAAAGACUGGGUCAGAGUUUCCAGUAUGGAAUGCUCAGAGAAAUCAGAGAGUGAGAAACAAGACAUGGUUUGCGUCCCUCACUACAAACGAGAAGGCCAUCCAGUAUUACGAGGUCGAAGGAGAAGUUAAUCAGCUGAUGAUGGAAGAUGUUAAAUCUAUCGUAACAGGCAGAAGAUGUCCCCACAUCAAACUAUCAAAAUCAAGAGUAACAAGUGGAGAACUAGCGUUUUCACUCAUAACCGAAGAAUCUUCUCUAGAUUUUAUAGCUCCAACUCAAGAAGUCUACGACCAUUGGACUGAUGCUAUUAACAGUUUGUUAGGGAAUGAAAUGAAGAGUAUUGGCAUGAAGAGAGACUUAAACUGUUUGAUAGAUAUGGAACUUCGGCUGCGUUUGUUGAACCUGGAUGGUAUUGACAUACCGGACGAAGCUCCCCCCAUCCCCCUCGACCCUCCCAGCUACGACUUUUGCAAUCCAUGAUUUAUACAUUCUAAAACAGUCAUCGAUUAUAAGAGUUGUGCUUCAUUUUGUCAAACAAAGUUUAAAACAUUUCUUAUAAAAA